AUGCUUGCAAUAAACUUUGUACAAGUAGAGACAUUUGACUUACUUUUAGUAACAACGUUAGAUGAAACUGUUUCAACCAAUUUCAGAGAUUUUAAUAAAAAAUCUCACCUUGUAUCCACGAGGAAGCUGACACUAGAAUUUUGCUACAUGUUAAAAAUGCAGUUGACAGUGGGUACAAAGUUGUUUGUAUUCAAACAGUUGACACAGAUGUUGUUGCGAUCUCAAUUUCCGUUUAUAGAUGAAAAAGCAGAAGCUGUUUCAUUGUGGUUUGCAUUCACUGGUUGUGAUACCGUGUCAUCAUUUGCAGGACGAGAAAAAAAAGUUGCAUGGAAUCUCUGGAACAAUCGAGAUGAAGAAAUUAUUAGUGCAUUUUGUAGUCCAAUAUGUGGUUUUAUUUUAUUUUUUAGCUUGUCAUCUCCAAGCACUAGAGUUAUUUCACCUGAUACAUUUCUAAAGUUUGAGCGCUACGUUAUUCUACUUUAUGAUAAAACAAGUUCCACUACUGACCUCACUGUAUGCCGAAAAAUACUGUUCACUAAAAAUUCACAACAGAGUGAAGGGUUACCACCUAUAAAAGAUGCACUCUUUCAGCAUUUAAAAAGAGCUGUGUUUCAAGGAAGUAUUAUAUGGGGACAAUCCUUGGUGCCACAGCAGAUUUUACCCGAAGCUACUAAAUGGGGUUGGAAAAAAACAAAUAACGCAAUGACACCUUUGUGGAUGACUCUACCUGAGGCACCAAAAUCAUGCAUCGAGUUAAUAAAAUGUAGAUGCAAGAAAAGUUGCGGAACGCAAUGCAAGUGCAAACGUUCAGGAUUAUCCUGUACAGACCUAUGCGAGUGUUCUGGUCUGUGUUUUGAAUAAAAUUAACAAACCUCAUUUUUGUUAACAAGUUUAAAAAAAAAUUAGU